AUGUCAUACAACAACUACAACAACAACUACGGUGGUGAAGCUCAAGGCUACUACGGUGGUGGCCAGCAGCAGCAGGGCUAUGGAGCCCCACCAAACCAGUAUGGUGAAGACCAGCGCUACGGCGGUCAUCAACAACACAACAACCAAUACGGUGGUCCUCAGCAAGGCCAGUACGACCAAGGCUACGGACAGCAGGGCGGCUACCAAUCCCACCAACAAGGCUAUGGUCAGCCUCAGCAACCCUUGACUGAUCGCGACGAAUACCCCUCUCAAACACACGGCGGCUACGGCGGCAACACUUCCUACCAAGGUGGUGAAUCUGCCCCUUAUGCACCAAACCAACCUUCGUAUGGUGGCCAGCCUGGAGUUGAAGGCGACCGUGGCUUGAUGGGUGCUCUUGCUGGCGGUGCUGCUGGAGCCUAUGGAGGCCACAAGAUGAAUCACGGCUUCCUUGGUGCCAUUGGUGGUGCCUUUGCUGGCUCCAAGCUCGAAGACUUUGGCAAAGAACAUCAUAAGAAGAAGGAGGAAGAGAAAUACGCACAACAACAUCAAGGCUACGGACCUCCCGGUAACUACGGCAGACCCGGCAGAAGAGACAGCAGUUCCAGCUCCAGCAGCGACGAUAGCAAGAAGCACGGUAGAAGACGCUCUCGCUCAAACUCGCGCGACCGUGGAUUUAACCAGUCUUCUAGACGAGGCAACUUCAGCGAAACUUCGCGCGAUAUCUCACUCGACUACAACACCAUGGCUCUCAAAGCCUUCUGUAGACGCACCGAUGGCUCCGAGCACGAAUCUUAUCUGCAUCUCAACGAGAUCAUUGGCAACCGCGACGGCAGACUCGUUUGGGAAAGACAUGGAAACUUCACAGGCAGCGUCCAGGAGGGCAAGAUCUGGUUGGCCGAGGGUGGAAGAGCUCUGUGUGCUGUAGUCGGUGAUGGACGUGGUCGCUGGAACGAGCAUGCCUCGAUUGAGCUGGACGAAAGAAUUACCAACGAGAACGGUCAGUUGGUAUACUUGGGCUAG